AUGUCAGUUACUCUAUCAAAAACAUCUAAAAACGCACCAUUAUUAAUAUUCAAUGACUAUUCAUACACAAUUGAUCGGAAAAGUGAAACAAAAAUUCUUUGGAAAUGUGAAUAUUCUAGAAAAUAUGCUUGCCAUGGACGAUUACAUACAAAAUUAAACUAUGAAUUUAUUAAAACAGUUGGUGAACAUGAAAAUCAUACUGGCAAUCCACGAUGUGAAACUACUCGUAAAUAUUACGAACGGUUAAGACAAAAAUCCGAACAAAAUCAAACAAGUCCACAUAAUAUCUUAACACAAACAACUAUUGGUGUACCAGAUGAGGUGCGUGUUCAAUUACCAAGUAAUUAUAACUUAAAAAGAAAUAUUCGUUGCUGGCGACAAGAAUAUACUACUGAACCAACACCGACAAGCAUUGAUUUUCCUGUUAUUCCACCAAAAUACCACCAAACAACUCUUAACACUACCUUUUUUCAAAAAGAUACGGGUUCAGGUUCACAACGGUUACUAGUCUUUUUUACUAAUGAACAAAAAAUCACUAUGGAAAAUGCUACAGAAUUUUUUAUUGAUGGAACGUUUAAAGUUGUACCAGAAAUCUUCUUUCAGCUAUUUGCUAUACAUGCUUCUUAUUGUGAUCAUGUUAUACCAGUAGCAUUUAUUCUUUUAUCAUCCAAAACAGAGCAAAUUUACCAACAAAUAGUUAAUGAAAUUAUGCAGUUAGCUCCAGCGUGGCAAUCACAGCGAGUAAUGAUGGAUUUUGAAAAAGCAACAAUUAAUGUAUUUAAUCACAUAUUUCCAGCAGUUGAACUUAGUGGUUGCUACUUUCAUUUUUGCCAAAAUGUUCUUCGGUUUCUGCAGACACAUGGUUUCAAGCAAAAGUAUGAGACAGAUGUGAUAUUUGCUGAUAAUAUGCACAAGAUAUGUGCAUUAACAUUUAUGGAACCAACUAUGGUUAUUGAUGGUUUUGAAUUAGUAUGUUCUAAUCUUGAUACUGAUUAUCAUCAAGUACUAGACUAUAUAGAAGAUAAUUAUAUUGGUCGAUUACGUAGACGUACAAGAAGACAGCCAUCUUAUCCGAUUGAUUUUUGGAAUAUGGUAACGCGUGUGUAA